CCCUGCGCCUCCUGCCUUCGCCCGCCUUCCAGGGCGCCGGGCUCCCCCAGCCCCGGUCCUCUCUCCGCGCUCCUGGGCGCAGGUGCCGAGCCGGGCCCGCUGCGGGGGCGGGGGAGGGAGCGUGACCUUGCUCCGCCCUUGGCCGACCUCGACCUCCCCAAGGCCCCGUCGCCCUUCGCGCCCCUCCGACCGGGCGAGUGCAGUUAUUUUGCGCCCAAGGAUGAGUCAGAUGAGGCUGCUGGCAUCCCAGCUUGGUGCACGGGCAGCAAGGCUCCUGGCCCCCCAGGAUGUCCGGGUGUUUGGCUGGCGCAACAAGUCCCCCGGACCACCAGCCGCCUUCCCAAGCAGCAGAGGCGGUGGCCGCUUCAGCUACAUGGAGGAGAUGUACUUCGCCUGGUUGGAAAACCCCCAGAGCGUCCACCAGUACUGGGACAGCUUUUUCCGGAAAUCCAGCGAGGAAGACUCUUCCAGCCCAGACCGGUCACCGCCUCCGUGUGUCAUCCCUGAGAGUGGGCCGGCAGUCUCGAGCUGGGCCAUGACCAGCAAGCUGGUGGAAGACCACCUGGCCGUGCAGUCCCUCAUCCGUGCCUACCAGAUCCGGGGCCACCACGUGGCCCAGCUCGACCCCCUGGGUAUUCUGGAUGCAGACCUGGACUCCUUUGUGCCAUCGGACUUGAUCACAACCAUUGAUAAGCUGGCUUUCUAUGACCUGCGGGAGGCUGACCUGGAUAAGGAGUUCCAGCUGCCCACCACCACCUUCAUCGGGGGCUCUGAAAACACCCUCUCUCUGCGGGAGAUCAUUCGGCGCCUGGAGAGCACGUACUGCCAGCACAUCGGCCUGGAGUUCAUGUUCAUUAACGACACCGAGCAGUGCCAGUGGAUCCGGCAGAAGUUCGAGAGCCCUGGUGUGAUGCGGUUCUCCAGCGAGGAGAAGCGGACGCUGCUGGCACGGCUGGUGCGCUCCAUGAGGUUUGAAGACUUCCUGGCCCGGAAGUGGUCCUCCGAGAAGCGCUUUGGCCUGGAGGGCUGUGAGGUCAUGAUUCCUGCCCUCAAGACCAUCAUCGACAAAUCCAGCGAGAUGGGCAUCGAGAACGUCAUUCUUGGGAUGCCACACAGGGGCCGGCUGAAUGUUCUGGCCAACGUGAUUCGCAAGGACCUGGAGCAGAUCUUCUGCCAGUUUGACCCCAAGCUGGAGGCAGCGGAUGAGGGCUCUGGGGACGUCAAGUACCACCUGGGCAUGUACCACGAGCGGAUCAAUCGGGUCACCAACCGGAACAUUGCCCUGUCGCUCGUGGCCAACCCCUCCCACCUGGAAGCUGUGGACCCCGUUGUGCAGGGGAAGACGAAGGCCGAGCAGUUCUACCGCGGGGACACUGAGGGCAAGAAGGUCAUGUCCAUCCUGGUCCACGGGGACGCGGCCUUUGCUGGCCAGGGUGUAGUCUACGAGACCUUCCACCUGAGUGACCUGCCCUCGUACACCACCAAUGGGACUGUGCACGUCGUCGUCAACAACCAGAUUGGCUUCACCACGGACCCCCGGAUGGCCCGCUCUUCACCCUACCCCACCGAUGUGGCCCGUGUGGUCAGUGCACCCAUCUUCCACGUGAACGUGGAUGACCCAGAGGCUGUGAUAUACGUGUGCAGUGUGGCCGCCGAGUGGAGGAGCACCUUCAACAAGGACGUCGUCGUGGACCUGGUCUGUUACCGCCGACGCGGCCACAACGAGAUGGACGAGCCCAUGUUCACACAGCCCCUCAUGUACAAGCAGAUCCACAGGCAGGUGCCCGUGCUGAAGAAGUACGCUGACAAGCUCAUUGCCGAGGGCACGGUCACCCUGCAGGAAUUCGAGGAAGAAAUUGCCAAGUACGACCGGAUUUGUGAGGAGGCCUAUGGCAGGUCCAAGGAUAAAAAGAUCCUGCACAUAAAGCACUGGCUGGAUUCCCCUUGGCCUGGCUUUUUCAACGUGGACGGGGAGCCGAAGAGCAUGACGUGCCCCGCCACGGGCAUCCCUGAGGACGUGCUGACCCACAUUGGCAACAUGGCCAGCUCGGUGCCCCUGGAGGACUUCAGGAUCCAUGUGGGCCUGUCUCGCAUCCUGCGGGGCCGAGCAGACAUGAUUAAGAAGCGGACGGUGGACUGGGCCCUGGCCGAGUACAUGGCCUUCGGCUCCCUGCUCAAAGAGGGCAUCCACGUGCGGCUCAGUGGGCAGGACGUGGAGAGGGGCACGUUCAGUCACCGGCACCAUGUUCUCCACGACCAGGAGGUUGACCGGAGGACGUGCAUCCCCAUGAACCACCUUUGGCCUGACCAGGCCCCCUACACCGUGUGCAACAGCUCCCUCUCGGAAUACGGAGUCCUGGGCUUUGAGCUGGGCUACGCCAUGGCCAGCCCCAAUGCCCUGGUCCUCUGGGAGGCCCAAUUUGGUGACUUCCACAACACGGCCCAGUGCAUCAUUGACCAGUUCAUCAGCACUGGCCAAGCCAAGUGGGUUCGGCACAAUGGCAUCGUGCUGCUGCUGCCCCACGGCAUGGAGGGCAUGGGCCCAGAACACUCCUCCGCGAGGCCGGAGCGCUUCCUGCAGAUGAGCAAUGACGACUCUGACGCCUACCCGGCCUUCACCCAGGACUUCGAGGUGAGCCAGCUCUACGACUGCAACUGGAUCGUGGUCAACUGCUCCACGCCGGCCAACUACUUCCACGUGCUGCGGCGGCAGAUCCUGCUGCCCUUCCGCAAGCCCGUGAGCGCCGGCCUCGGCUGCUUUUGGGGUGCCGGCCAGGAGGUGAGGGGGCUGGGGGGCCGGCCCGGUGUGUGCGGCAGCUGGGCGCUCUCUCCCUUCCAGCUCAUCAUCUUCACGCCCAAAUCUCUCCUGAGGCACCCAGAAGCCAAGUCCAGUUUUGACCAGAUGGUGACCGGGACCAGCUUCCAGCGGGUGAUCCCUGAGGGUGGGGCCGCGGCGCGGGCUCCAGACCAGGUGCAGAGGCUCAUCUUUUGCACGGGGAAGGUGUACUACGACCUGCUGAAGGAGCGGAGCAGCCGGGGCCUGGAGGAGCAGGUGGCCAUCACACGCCUGGAGCAGAUCGCGCCAUUCCCCUUCGACCUGAUCAAGGAAGAGGCAGAGAAGUAUGCGGGUGCCGAGCUGAUCUGGUGCCAGGAGGAGCACAAGAACAUGGGCUACUAUGACUACAUCAGCCCACGCUUCACAACCCUCCUGGGCCGUGCUCGGCCCAUAUGGUAUGUUGGUCGCGACCCAGCAGCCGCCCCGGCCACCGGAAACCGGAACACCCACCUGGUGACCCUGGAGAAGUUCCUGGACACUGCUUUCAAUCUUAAGGCCUUCGAGGGCAAGACCUUUUAGAGCUGGGCACAGCCUGCCUAGGUCUGAGUGUGGGGCUGGGGGGGCCCAGAUGAAAUGUGCUCACACGGUGAUGAGGCCAAGCUGUGUGCACCACUGGCUUUGGGAUUAAGCCAACUUUGGCCUUCAUGUCCAUUUCAGAGACAGAAGGGUCCAAAGGGACGUCAGGUCUGGUGUUUUCCCAGCCUCCCUGGUUUUUCUGCGAUUGUCUGGGUUGUUUGUGUCUGUGAGGACAGCCACCCAGCGGUCCCAUUCCUGGAAGAUUGGCCAUGUCUCACCCUAUCUGUGUUCAUCUGUAGGGUCCAGAGAAUGUUCUUUUUGAUGUUCUUAGAAAUAGAGAUUUCAGCAAUAAUAGCCAGGUGAAGCAAAAACCACGCUGGGCUGAUUUAUGUGUGCUCUGUUUUAUGGGGCAUAUCUUAUGAGCUAUGUCAGCUUCUGUGUGAAAUAUUGCUACAGCUCAUGGGUACCAAAGUAGAAAACCAAAUCACAGGGAAAUAAAUGAUGCCUAAGAGAGA